GCUGGUGGGUGGCAGAUCGAGAAAAAAAUAACGAAAAAAUGAUGCAGAUCGCCGCAAAACAGUGCCCUUUUAAUAAUUGAAAAAAAAUCUGGUGCAACCUUUGCAUUUUGUACAAAAGCUAGCAAUAUUUCUAAAGUAAUAUUCAAUACAGUAGCAAUCAGUGAAAAAUCGGUUUAAAUUGAGGUCCGUGUAGUUGCGAGAACCGUCACGAAAAAUUGUUUGCGUGGGUGACGGACGGACGGUCGACGACGACGCCGUCAAGGACAUUCGCGGUGCAUCCAGUUGCAGUGUUAGAGAGGGCAACGAUCCCACAGGGCAAAAACAAUGUUGGACUGUUUCCUGAACCUGUUUCUGUCGGUUUUGCUGAUUCUUGGGGCCGUUUGGGUGGCCGGGCGUUACUUUUUGCGGGAGGAUGUGGUCUACAUUCCGGACGGUAAGCGACGCCACGAGUGGAAAUCAAUCAAAUUCCAGAAUCGGCCUUGUUUUUGUUCGAUUUGUGAGAAUCUGAUGUCUUCGAAUGGGGUUUUCUGCGAAAACUGUGGGAUUUGUUCGGACAACGGAUGCAUUCGGAAAGCGGACACGGAAUUUCGGUGCAAGGAGUUGCGCAUCCGUAGCCGAGCGGACGACGGAAAGGAGAGCCGUCACCUGUGGGUAAAGGGGAACUUGCCACUGGGGUCGGAGUGUUGUGUUUGUGCGGAGGACAUCGAUCAGAGCAGUGAACCGGGGCUGUUUGCCCAGCGGUGUGCUUGGUGCCAACGGUCGGCACACGAUAAAUGCUUCAGCGAGGUUUCCAAGACGUUGUGUGACUUUGGCGAGUUCAAGAGCAUGAUAUUCCCGCCCAAAUGCAUUCUGGCGUCGCGUUCCAAGGGAGCUCCGAAAGUACACUUGACUGGAAUCAUUCCCCCGGAGUGGAAGGACCAGUGGAAACCACUCAUCGUGGUUGCUAAUUCCAAGUCUGGAAGCAGUGGCUCCUUGGAAGUUGUGGCAUCGAUGCGUGGAAUCCUGCAUCCGCUGCAGGUGUUUGAGUUGGAGUCGCACGGUCCCCAGGAAGCGCUUCAGUGGGCGAUCUACGCGGCCCCGGCCACCUGUCGCAUUUUGGUGGCCGGAGGUGAUGGCACUGUUGGCUGGGUCCUAAACACGUUGCUCCAGAUGAAGGUGGAACCCCUGCCGGAGGUGGCCAUUCUCCCGCUCGGAACCGGUAACGAUCUGUCGCGUGUGCUUGGCUGGGGAGCAGAAGGUCCGGACACGUUCAAUGCGGUUGAGUACCUCCGGAAGAUCGAAAAAGCUGAACCGGUCCAGCUGGACCGGUGGCUAAUGGAGAUCACAGUGCUACAUCAGAGUCGGUUUCAUGUUCCGCGGUUCCACUAUCGGCGAAGCGUUUUUGUGUACAAUUAUUUCAGCAUCGGCGUUGACGCACUCGUGACUUUGAAUUUCCACAAAGCGAGAGAUAGUUCGUAUUAUUUGUUUAGCAGCAGAUUUAUAAACAAGGCUUUAUAUUUGUGCUACGGGACGCAUCAGGUGGUCCAACAGGAUUGCGUUGACUUGGAGAAAAAGGUGGAAAUAUAUUUGGACGAUGUCAAAAUUGAUCUUCCGGAGCUGCAGUCCAUCGUCGUACUUAAUAUCGAUUCCUGGGGAGCUGGAGUGAAACUUUGGGAGAUGAGCAAGGACUCGCCCACUCACGGCGGUAGUAGCAUGCGUGAAGUCCACAGCAUUUCCGACGGCAUUGUGGAAGUGUUCGGCGUGGUGUCAUCGUUCCACAUUGCUCAGCUGCAGGUUGGACUGAGCAAACCCGUUCGACUUGGGCAGGCCCGCCGGGUAAAACUCCGGCUGCACGGAACGCUUCCGGUGCAGGCCGAUGGAGAACCGUGGAUGCAAUCGCCCUGUGAUAUCAGCAUUGGCCACUGCGGUCAGGCCACGAUGCUACGGAAUGUAAGCGAAUGAUGCGACGAAGCGUAAGUAAUAUGUUGAUCCUUGACACGUGUACACUUACAUUUUAUUAUCGACCCCUGGAAACGGCUAACCGAGAGCGUAACAGCUUGGAAUUUGGUGAUUGCCGAUACUAAAACUCAGUUGCGGUUUUACCGAUAUGUCGGUAAAAUUUGGCGGUUGAAUUGACAAACAUGUUACCAAGAAUAAAAAAAAGAAUCGUUGGUAAAAUUUUUACUGAGUUUCAGUAAAUAAAUCACCCAAUGCGUUUACUGGAAAUCAAUUUAACUAUUUAAGUGUAAUCUCUAUCUCAGCCCACGAUAUUGAACUUAAUGGAACCCACGAAUCUUUAGUCAGUUUCACCGAAGAAUUACAUUAUAGAGAAAAGUUCAUAUAUUAUCUUAUCCCUUCCAAAUGAUAUUAUACAUACAUAUUACAUUGUCUCAUAAAAAUAAAAAGAGACAUGUGUUACGCCGUGAAUCUGAAUUGCUUAAUCUUAGUGAGCCGUACGUAUCGAUGUAUUGGAACCAAACGGGCAACUUUUACCAACAACCUUAAGCUUUUAUUUGUCAGCAUUAUUUUUUGUGUACUAUCGACUAGGUAGACCGUAAGUUGCAAACGGGAAUUGCCGAACGAAUAAUCGGAAGACUUAUCUCAACCAUGGCGGAUUAAGAUAUUAUCAUUGUAAUGUGGAAUACUACCUGUGUACUUUAAUGUUUAAUAGAUCUGAUAUAUCAGCGUGCAUUUCGCGAUGUGCAUUUUUACUUGUUGAAACAAAGCCACCUAGCGUCGGAUUAUUUAUAUCUCUAUUUGUAUAUUUGUAAACUGUGCAAGCGAUACAUUUAUAAAGUCAAAGAAUACCAAAUUAAAUAAAAACAUAAGGUUCGAUCA